UUUUCCAGGCGGCCGGGAAGAUGGCGGACAUUCAGACAGAACGUGCCUACCAAAAGCAGCCGACCAUCUUCCAAAACAAGAAGAGGGUCCUUUUGGGGGAAACUGGCAAGGAGAAGCUCCCCCGUUACUACAAAAACAUUGGCCUGGGCUUCAAGACGCCCAAGGAGGCCAUUGAGGGCACCUACAUUGACAAGAAAUGCCCCUUCACCGGCAACGUCUCUAUCCGAGGGCGGAUUCUGUCUGGCGUGGUGACCAAGAUGAAAAUGCAAAGGACCAUUGUCAUCCGCCGGGACUACCUGCACUACAUCCGCAAGUACAACCGCUUUGAGAAGUGCCACAAGAACAUGUCCGUGCGCCUGUCCCCCUGCUUCAGGGACGUCCAGAUCGGCGACAUCGUCACGGUGGGCGAGUGCCGGCCCCUGAGCAAGACCGUGCGCUUCAACGUGCUCAAGGUCACCAAGGCUGCGGGCACCAAGAAGCAGUUCCAGAAGUUCUGAGCCGCCAGCCUCCCAGGGAAAUAAAGUUAUUUUUGGUCUCA